AUGACCACAGUUGUUCAAGACAAGAACACAGACAAAUCAACAGAGGCGGAUAUUAGUUUGCCUUUGACCCCAGUGAAGACACAAAGAGAAGCGGGCAGCGUAAGUGCUAUUAGUGAUUUUAGCUCCGCUUUAAGUGACGUUGAUAGUUCUGAAGCAGAGACUGAUAGAAUGGAUAUGUACGACGUGGAACGCAGUGAACUGCGGGAGUUGGCUGAGGAGAAUAAAAAGCGGAAGGCCACCGAAGAAGCGGAUGAUAUCUCCAAGGAGCAAGAAAGGGCAGAGAAAAGACCCCGAGUUGACGAGGAGAAGAUAAUUGACGAACCUCCCUUGAAGGAGGAGAAGGAAGAGAAGGAGGAGGGAAAGCAGAGGGAAGAUCACACGGAGAAGUUAACAGAAACGAAAGAUGAAAACACGGUCGAAGUUAAGUCUGAUUAUCAACAGCAAAACCAACCCAGUGAGCCUGAAGAAGAAAACUCUCAAGAACAGAGAGAGGUUCCAAGUAGUCGUGACAACAACAAUAACACUCUCACAACCAUAGAAACUGUGGGAACUGUUGAUACUGAUGGUACACUUAUUACACAUAAUGGCAAAGAGCCAACCACAGCUUCCACUGAUAUUUUGGACGCGAAUCAUGUUAAAGGGGAUGACGAUAAGGUUGAGAAACAGGAACAGCAGCAACAACAGCAGGAGUCACAGCAAGAGCAAAAUGAUGAGCAUAAACUUGAAUCUGAAAAUAAUGAUGAGCCAAAAAACGAAUAUGAGUCCCACGAUGAUGAAGAUCUAGGUGAAGAAGAAGACUUGGAAGAGGAGGAAGAAGAGGAUGAUGGAAAUGAUAAGCCCAAUUCGAAUGAUGAUGCUCAAUCUAAUGAACAAGAGGAGCAAGAAGAGUCAAAAACAGUAGAUGCAGAAGCUAUACAGCAAGAGGCUCUUCGGGAUCAAGCUCUCUCCAGUCUCAAUGAAUUGGAAGUGGAUUUUGCCAAGUUGAAGGACAUGAUUUAUGGUAACCAGAUGACAAAGCUUCAGUAUGAGCUUGAAUUAUGUUUGAAAGGUUCACAUCCUGAAUUUGUUAAUAUUGUGGACAAGAUCAAUCGAAACUUUGAUGCUAAACUUAACCGAUUGAUCAUGACCCAAAAGUAUCAAUUGCAAUGUAUCGAUAACCAGACCAAAGCCACGCGACUCCAGCUUCACCAACAGUACAUGAAAGAUGCUCAAGAUCUCAAACUGCGUUCCAUAAGUAAGACAACAUCCAAGUGGUACGAGAUCAACAAAGAAAGACGUCACUUAGAUAACGUCAUUUUAGGAGUCCCUGAUUACUACCAGUUCAACCCUGACCUGGCCUCCGCAGCAAAGAAGAAUCAGACAGCUUUAGUGCAAGAGUUGGCAAAUCAAAGACGUAAUUUCCAGCAAGAACUGGGAGUACUGACAGCCUUACAACAAAAUUAUCGAUUCCCAAGCUCGCUAAAUCAUUUAACUGCUGCACGAGAAGACGAGAUCGAGAGCGAUCUACUACGAAUGAAAAAAUAG